AUGGCCAGUGUUGAUGAUGAGGAAGGUUGUGAGACAAGCAGCCUCAUUUGGGUCAACAGCCUGCUGAAAGGAUUAUGGCCAAAUGCCGCCACUGCGCUCGAGAACUUUAUCAAGAAUGAACUGACCAGCAAGCUGCGCGACGGUACUCCUUUCAGCCUCCACUUCGCACGCUUCUCCUUGGGGAACGGAGUGCCGUCCUUUGGCCCCAUUGAGGUCCGCAGACAUUCAGAGAGUCACGUGCUCUUAGAGCUGGAGACACGUUAUUCCAGUGCUGUGGAUAUACUGCUGACCGCAGGGUCCACCGGUUCUCUUUCACUGGGUGUGAAGCGCUUGGAUUUCUUUGGAAAAUUGUGUUUGGAGCUCAAGCCAUUGCUUGACACGUGGCCGAUUGUAGGUGCUGUGAUCAUCUAUUUCGCGGCGCAGCCGAAGCUGGAGCUGCAAUUCUCAGGCAUUGUGGAUGCUCCCAUGCCGGGUUUGGCCAAGAGAGUUCAAGCUGCUGUGGACGGGCUAUUUUCGACCUUGGUCCUUCCAAACUUCAAGUGUAUACAAGUGACCAGUGACGAGCGAAUGCUCAGCCUGGCGGCUUGCACCAGAGAACCCAUCGGAGUGUUAAAGGUGCAUGUUUGCCGAGGCAUCAACUUGGCCGGGGCAAACUGGAAGAUGGGAGCCGUUCGCAGUUUUACCUCGAACCCGUACUGUGUGGUGCGGCUCGGUGGCACUUCGCUUUGCACCAGUACGGUGAGAAACACCACGAACCCAGACUGGCCAGAGACGGAUACGGCGUAUUUCAUUGUGCAUAACAGAGAGCAAGAAGUUCAGGUGGAUGUGAUGGACAAUGACCAAGGCUUCUUCCAACGGAAUUUUGUGGGGCUGCUGGGGCGAUUGCGUGUAAGUGUGAGCCAGCUACUAAGCAUGCGAGAUGCAGCCAAAGAGAAGGUGUGCCGUUAUAAAUUGGAUACGUCUCAAGUCAAGUCGGGCCUGUUGCACGUCGAUGAUCCUGUGAACACCGGAGUGCCAUCCGAGAUCGAUUUAAAGUACAAGUGGCUGGAAUUUGCGCCCGCGAGCGUGAGCGACCGCGCUGACAGGAAUCACCCCUAUGAAACACACGCUGAACCUCACGGCGUGGCUUUGGUCGAGCUCCACUUUGGCACUGGCUUUCCAGAAGAGGCAGCAAUGAAAGGCUUGCGCUGGAAGUGUUGGAUUCAGGAAGCAGGUGCGGCAGCCGCCGCAGCAGUGUAUAGUUCCAGUGGCAAGUCACCUGAACAUCCAGAUUUCCAAACUUCAUUGCCAGACUGCUUACAUCAUGCAAUCGAUCGGUUGAAUGCUCUUAGUGUGGAUGCCGCAGAAAUUGCCGCCAUCAUUGAGGCGGACCAAGCCGAGGUUGAACACUAUUUGAUGGCAAAGUCAAAGCAUGUGGAAAGCGAAGCCCAGCGGAAGCUGGAGCAUGGCGAGGUGCAAUGCAUGGAACUUUCCUGGUAUGAGACCUUGGCCGUUUUAGUCAGUGAGCCAGACACCUCCGUCAUCCACCUCAGCCUUGUGAAUGCACGAGGAGAAGUGAUGGGUCCCUUGGAGUGA